AUGAAGCCUCUUGGCCUUUUGUUCUUCCUUUCUAUUAUCUUAUGGCUAGUAACGUAUGCCGUAUCACCGCCGUACCCAAACAAAGACGAUAGGCUUUGUCUUCGUCCCCCCGCAUUUUAUACCCAGGACGUAAAAGACCGCUUUUGUAUCCAGGAUGGCCCAUCUUCGAAUUCCCGUCCCAACAUUGUCUUGCUGGCCCUCGGGGGGACUGUCAGUGCUGUGGCUGACUCUCCUACAAAUACAUCUCAUUAUACCGUUGGUGUUUUGUCUAUUCAUUCUCUGUUGCAGAAUAUUACAGAAAGAUGGAGCCCUUGCGUCAAUGUGACCGCUUACCAGAUCAUGUCACUUGACAGCAUUGACAUGAACUCAUCACACAUGAUAUCGAUGAGCAGGAGGGUCAACAAGGAGCUCAACAAUCCCGAUGUAACAGGGGUCAUUCUUCUUGGUGGUACAGAUGCUAUGAUCGAGUAUUUAACAUUCAUUGCUCUUACCGUAAAGAGCAAAAAGCCCAUCAUAGGUACGGGGGCAUAUAGACCACAUACAGCACACGAUGCCGAUGGGCUUCAAAACAUCGUCGACGCAGUCAUAUUGGCAGCGACAGAAGGCUGGAGUGAGGACUAUUAUGAAGUUGCUAUGGUCAUGGACGGUGAUAUCUUUCGUCUUUGGGGGACACGAAAGGAGAACGACCGGUUUGUACCUGGAUUCGGGUCAUCGAUCGGGAGAGUUGAAGGAUACCGGGUAUCUUUUCACGAUCUUCCUGGCCGUCCCGCGCCCUUCAAAUUCGACAUGACCGAGUUUUCAAGCGUUUCUUUACUGCCGGUGGUCCCGAUAUUCUUAGUGCACACUGGAUUCGACUACAAAGCCCUCGAGAAAGCCGUUGAUGAGGGAGCCCGAGGACUCAUCAUAGGUGUAUAUGGUAAUGGAUAUAUACCUGCCACAACUGGGACAGCAAUCACAAAACUCGCGUACGAAAAGGAUAUCGUUGUUAUGGGAGCUGGGGUUAAUUCUGUGGCGGUCACCUAUGCGAGAGUCAAAGGUAUGAUUCCUGGACAGGAUUGGGAUGCACGCCAACUGCGAAUCCUGACUCAGCUUUACCUCGUACAAGGGAAGGGUACGAACAAGCACGAGCUGAAGAAAGGGUUAGAGCAUGGAGCUAAGCCACAUAUAUCUGCCGAGUAG